CCUGCACGCACCGCGGUGCGGGCUGCACCCUUGGGUCCCCACGGCUCUAGAGCCGAACUCGCGUCCCUGAGUCUCAACAGGUCAAGGGAGGUGACGAGGACGCCCCAGCCGGGACUGGAGGACCCAGGAGCUGGAAGAUGAACACCUUCCACUGACCAACAACAAUGGCAUUCAAGGACAGCAGCAGCAGCAGCUUGUACAAUGAAGAUAGAAACCUGCUUCGGAUUAGAGAGAAGGAAAGACGCAACCAAGAAGCUCACCAAGAGAAAGAGGUGUUUGCUGAGAAGACCCCGCUGUUCGGAGAGCCCUACAAGACUGCAAAAGGUGAUGAGCUGUCGAGUCGGAUACAGAACAUGCUAGGCGACUACGAAGAGAUGAAGGAGUUCUUGAGCGCCAAGGCUUGCCCUCAGCGCCUGGAUGGUUCUGAAGACAGGCCCGGGAAGCCGAGAUACCCUUCAUUUCAUGACAGGGCGGGCAGCCUGGCCCCCCACUCCUUCCGCACCCACGUCUACCACCACCAGCCUGUCCAUACUUCUUCUGCCCCGGGAUCCCUUUCUGCCGGUAACGUUAUCCACAGUCCAAAGAUGGCACCGCCAAGGAUGGAAUCGGUGCCGGGUCUCCAUGCCAAGCACUAUGGCCCGCCCGACAGCCAGCGUCUGAGUCAAGACCGCCUCAGUCAGGAGGGGCACUGUUCCAGCCACAGAAAGUGUGACCGCAGAGCUGGUGACUCGGCUCCUCCGGAGAUGAAGCUCUCCCCCUUGAUCUCCUCUCUGCCCUCGCCGGUGCCGCCUCUGUCACCUGUACAUUCCAGGCUGCAGGGACCCAGCAAGGCCCGGGGCGGUGGCGGCUCCAGCUCCAGCAGUAAAAGCUACUGCGCAGCCGCGUCUUCCAAGGACCUGGUGGCGAAGGUGCAAGAUAGCGAGACUGCCCACGACAGUUUGGUGGCAGUUACCAGCCUUGGGGUGGCCCCUCCUCAGACCUUUCCACCCCCUCCCCUCCCCUCCAAGAGUGUUGUUGCAAUGCAGCAGAAGCCCACGGCCUACGUCCGGCCCAUGGACGGCCAGGACCAGGCUCCCAAUGAGUCCCCCGAGCUGAAGCCGCCCCUGGAAGACUACAGUCAGCAGAGCUUUGAAAAACCAGACGCCAAAGUGCCCGCCAAGGCCAAGCUCACCAGACUGAGGAUGCCCUCGCAGACGGUGGAGCAGACGCUCUCCAAUGAAGUUCACUGUGUUGAAGAGAUUCUGAAGGAAAUGACCCACUCAUGGCCCCCUCCUCUGACGGCCAUACACACGCCCAGUACAGCCGAGCCAUCCAGAUUUCCUUUCCCUACAAAGGAUCCUCUGCACGUCAGUACUGCAACCCAAAGCCAAAAACAAUAUGAUACGCCUUCCAAAACCCAUCCCAGUUCCCAGCAAGGAACAUCCAUGCUUGAGGACGACCUGCAGCUCAGCGACAGUGAGGAGAGCGACACUGAACAGGCUGCAGAGAAGCCUCCGUCCCCAUCCGCACCUCCAAGCGCUCCGCAGACGCUUCCGGAACCAGUGGUGUCGGCACAUUCCAGUGGUGCGGAGUCGGAGAGCAGCGCGUCGGACAGCUCCUCGGACUCGGAGAGCGAGAGCAGUUCCAGUGACAGCGAGGAGAACGACGACGACGAGCCCCUAGAAACCCCGGCUCCCGAGCCUGAGCCUCCGACAACAAACAAGUGGCAGCUGGACAACUGGUUGACCAAGGUCAGCCAGCCCUCGGUGCCCCUCGACGGCCGGGGGAGCACAGAGUCUCCACGCUGGCGCCAGGAGAGCAAGGAUGGCGAGCGCAGCUCUGACCAGCAGCACCCGGAGUCCAAAGACCCUUCCCCCAAGAGUUCCAGCAAAGCUCUCCGAGGGGCCACUGAGGGGCCCCAGCCCGGGAAGAGGAGCUGCCAGAAAUCCCCUGCUCAGCAGGAGCCCCCACCUCGGCAAACUACGGGAGCCAAACAACCCAGAAAACCGGCCAAGGGCUCUAGCCAGGCUGAGCCCCAGGCCAACGUGCAGGUGGACGGUGAACCUGGACCCUUUCCCUAUGGCUCAAAAGAGCAGACUUCCAAAGACAAACCCAAGGUGAAGACGAAAGGCAGGCCUCGUGCUGUGGGCAAUAGGGAGCCUAAGCCUGAGGCUCCUGCGCCCAAGCCCCAGGCAGCCAGGCCCAAGCCGCAGGCAGCGGGGCCCACCCCCAACGAGAAGAGGAAGCACAAGAGUUCCCCGGCCCCCUCCAAGGCGCUCUCAGGCCCUCAGCCUCCAAAGGACAAUGCUGGGGACAGGAACCCUGAGCACUUUGCUCUUGUCACCUUGUCUCAGAGCCAGGGUCCACCCCACAGCGUCAGGGGCGGCAGUGGCGUCAGGACUAGUGGCUGCCGACAGGCGGUGAUUGUCCAGGAGGACGGGCGGAAAGACAGACUCCUGUUACCCUUGGGAGACACCAAGUUGCUCUCACCACUCAGGGACGCUCCACCACCAACGAGCUUGGUGGUAAAGAUAACCCUCGACCUUCUCACCCGGAUUCCCCAGCCCCCGGGGAAGGGGGGUCGCCCUCGGAAAGCGGAAGACAGGCAGCUGGCAGCAGCGAAGAAGCCGGACUCCGAGAAGAGGAGCUGCGACAGCUCCAGCAGAGGGAGCAAGAAGAGAAAGCAGGCUGACUCCGAGAAAGACCAUGAUAACAAGAGAGUCAGACUGGAGAAGGAAGUCCAGCCGCACUCUGCUCCUUCAUCUUCCCACCCCGAAUCUUCCAAAACAAAGACACCCAGGCCCUCCUCAGAGUCCUCCAGAAAGGAAAUGCUUCCUCCUCCACCUGUGCCAUCCUCCUCCUCGUCCUCCUCCUCCUCCCAGAAGUCAACCAAAACUGCACACAAGCGGUCAAAGCCGGACGCAGACACCUGUAGUCAGGACCCUCCCAGAAGUGCCAGCAGCACCAAGAACAACUCCAAGGACCCUUCCGUUCCCAAGCACAGAAAAGUGCAGGCCAGGGGCUCCGAGUACAAAGGGUCUUCUGGAGAAGCUGCAAACCCUUUCCCAGUGCCUUCUUUGCCAAAUGGUAACUGUAAACCAGGGAAGCCACAAGUGAAGCCUGACAGACAGCAAGCUGACUCUCACAUGAAGGAGGCUAAAAAGUUGAAGUGCAAAGCAGAGGCCAUGGCGGACAAGGCUGGAAAGGCCUUCAAGUAUUUGGAAGCUGUCCUGUCCUAUAUCGAGUGUGGGAUGGCCACCGAGUCAGAGAGUUCGGCCAAGUCGGCGUACGCUGUGUACUCGGAAACUGUAGACCUCAUUAAGUUCACAAUGUCACUAAAACCCUUCUCAGAUACCACGGCGCCAGCACAAGAAAAGAUAUUUGCCGUUUUAUGUUUGCGCUGCCAGUCCCUGGUGAACAUGGCGAUGUUUCGCUGUAAAAAGGACGUGGUCAUGAAGUAUUCUCGCACGCUCAGUGACCACUUCAAGAGUUCUUCCAAAGCGGCCCAGGCACCUUCUCCAUGCAUGGCAAGAAGCACAGGCGUUCCGUCCCCCCUCUCCCCGACGCCUUCUCCUGCCAGCUCCGUAGGGUCCCAGUCAAGUGCUGGUAGCAUGGGGAGCAGUGGGGGGCCAGCCACCAUCAGUACCCCGGUCACCAUCCAGAACAUGACCUCCUCGUACGUCACCAUCACAUCCCACGUCCUUAAGGCCUUCGACCUUUGGGAACAGGCAGAGGCCCUUACAAAGAGGAAUAAAGAAUUCUUUGCUCAGCUCAGCACAAAGGUGCGUGUCUUGGCCCUCAACAGCAGCCUGGUGGACCUGGUGCACUACACGAGACAGGGUCUGCAGCGGCUGAAACAAGCCCCCAAAGCCCCCUAACGCAGGCUGGGCUUACCCAAUGCCUUGGAAUGUCUUUGCACAAUUGGAAGCCUUGAUCCAGUGUAGACGACUGUCUGAUCGGGAUGUCGACGACACUCAAGAAGUGAAGCGCCGUGAGAUGGCCGGUACGCUUGCCCACGUACACUCACAAGCCUGCGUGGCCAUCAGCUGGACACUGGUUAGCAGAGCGGACGAUGCUAAAUGAUCUGCCUUUCCUAGCGGAAGGACAGAAGUGCAAUGGAGCCUGACUGGCGUAUGAAUGGUCGAGACACAUUUCUGGUUUUUAUUUUCUGUUGGUUUGGACAAUAGGAUACAAGCUGCAACCGAAAGGAAGAGAGGCAGAUUCCUGUCAUCUCAGUAGCCACACUAGUUCACUUCCAGAAGGAAUUUUUUUUUUUAAAUAAUAAUAAUUUUUGGUGAAGGGUUUUAUGGGUAUAUAUUUUUUCUUUUCAAGUUUUAAAGAAAACAUUGUUUAAUAAAUCCUAAUGGCCACCUGUAAAAUAGAAGUUGUGAAGGAUUCCACUGUGCCUCACUUCCGGCAGUGAACAGUGGCUCUGACACUGAGUGUUAUCAUUUAGAAGAUUGAAGGUGACGUUUCCCCUCUUCCCCCCUCCCCCAGUGCCUAGAGUCCUGCACACUGUCUAGCUCUGGUCUCUUUGGCUGCACUGAGAGCAUCCCAGGUCAGCCGAGAGGAGCGGCAGCAUUUAGAUCCAGGAUCCAUCUUACCGUCUUCCCAGCACGGCAUCCCAGGAAGCUUCCUACUUCCUGCUGCCACACUCCUGGAAAGCGACUGGCUAAGCAGCGCCCUCGAUUGUUUUUCAUUUCCCACAGUGUGUGGGGGCAAAGGGAGCCAGUGUCUGCCUCGGGCAGGAGGCUGAUGUACUUCAUCAUCUGUCCCCUAGAGCCCCAGGUGCCGCCAGAGCCGUGGCAACUGGUGCAUCAGUGAACGAACUCGAGAUCUUCCUACAGAGGCUGUAUUUUUCUGCUACAAAUUAUAUUUAUAGCAAAACUCAACUUUCCAAAGCCCUUGAUAAUCCAGGGGACACUGCCUCCCUGGGAGGAUGUGGAGAUUUGGGGGGGAUUAAUUAACCAUCUUCUCAGGUACCGUGACUCGGUGACGUUGAAGAGGACCUGGGACCUUCCCAAGUUCUACCCCGCCCACAUUAAACCAAGUCCACUGGACAGAAAGUGAAAGGACACACUCAGAAUUCACACCUGCCCAUAAGCACAGGCCUUUCACUGAAACUCAAGGUUAUUACUGGAAUACUCUUCAGUGCAGUGUUCUUUAGAAGCCGAUUCUUUUACCCCUUCCAGAAGGUAGAAUUUGCACGUGUUAUAUGGCUGGUUGCUGUUUGCUCUCCUCGCUUCCUGUCUCCGCUUCCUACCAGCCACACCGUGUGUCUGUAUCCGUAGAGAGUUUAGACGGGAGGCCCAUCUUAGUGAGGGUGCCCGGGGUCGCUUGGGUGAUGGAUGGGAAGACUUUCUUGGUACCUUGGUGAGUCUACACGGGCUGCAGGUGGGUGUGAUGCUGGGUGUUUGUGUGUCCUGAGCCUUUCAUCCUGCUUUGGAUAAAGCCAGAGAAUGGCUGGCUACCUUGUGCACAUCUGAGCAUGGACUGUGGCCGUGAUCUGACGAAGCAGCUUUUUACUAACGGGCUGAAGCAAAGCCACGUUUCCUUAAAGCUACCUGAUCUGCAGCAUGUGGCAGGCUUCCCUGUCACUUGGUCACCUCUUGAGCAGCGUUGGCUUGUGGACUCUUGAGGAUCUUUUCCCUUCUCCCAUUGCUCGUCUAUGGACAGCAAGGGCUGUACCUUUAGAACAAGCUGCCGGUCACAGGGCUGUGGUUGGGUCUGGUCGAGGCACAUUGUGCCAAAGCACGUGUGUGUGUGUGUGUGUGUGUGUGUGUGUGUGUGUGUGUGUGUGUCCUGCCGGCAGGCCGCUGCGCCCCUUGACUGAACACACCCAGCCAGUGCAGGAAGAACGGGCCGCCUCAUCCUUUGUACUGGAUUGUUUUCUCCCCAGUUUAUUACAGUUUUGUUUGUACCUUGAAAACUAACGAAUUUGGACAGACCCGUUUGUACCAGUGUGGUCUGUAGAGAGGUUCCCCGCAACGCUGUCCUAAAGCGAGCAGGUCUCCGGCCGCCCUUUUACUGGAGUGGACACGCAGUGGCUGUCAGUGCGUCACUGCUCGUGGUGGAAGCCUGAAGAACCUUUCCAACCGUUUGCACUUUCCACUAUAAGCUUACAGUUCCCAAAGGCAACUCCCCCCACCCCCAGGUGAUUCAUUUGGAAGGACUGUAAAAUGAACCCUUUGAAUGUGCGAGGUCCCAUAGCCACAGAAGAGCAUAUACUUCAUGGUGAAGUAGGCAGCCUAUUGGGAGUGAACAUGAAUCUUGUCUUUCCCACUACAAAGGGUAUGUAUGGCCUGUCCGGCUGCAACAGGAAGUAGAGGGACACCCGUUUUUCCCAAGUGUUGAAUGUUUUCAGAAAUAAUUAAAAUUGGAUACUUGUGAAAGCCCUGCUAGAUAAUAAAAGCACGUGGCUAAAGCCGGUUGCUCUUUGUUAAGGAGGGCAGGCCCCAUGGGAGCAGGAGGAGGAGCAGGAGGAGGAGGAGGAGGAGGAGGAGGAGGAGGAGAAUAUGGAGGAGGAGGAGCAGGAGGAGGAGGAGGAGGAGGAGGAGGAGGAGGAGCAGUGUGUGCAGCCCAGCCAGUGCAUCCAUAUGAUCGCAUGGGAAGCACCUGAUUUAUUUUGUAGCUGUUUUGACAAUGUUUGUCCAUCCUCUAGACAGGCAGGACCCACCCACGCCUCUGUUCUCUAAUUCUAGAUCUUAGGAUGUUUAGAGUGGGUUCUUCCCCAUCUUAAUUGAAAACGUGCCUUACCUGACACCUUGUGUAUUGAUGUGAGGGAUAGGACCUCGAUCUUAGAAUUCCUGCUUACAGAGCACCGCGGGCCCCACAGCGACGGGCUCUGAUGCACAGGACGAGGGAUUCAUCUAGACGUACUUGUGCCUUUGUUGACCAAACAGUUUCUGAAGUAAUGCUGUCCGGUUUGCCACGGCUUCAAGGGUUUAUGUUUACUUUCCUGUUUUGUGAAGUUUGAGGAGUAUUUGUGCAUCUUAAGCUAAAUGAGUUGGGCUUAAAAACAAAAUCUUUCCAUGCCUCCUACAGACUACUUCUUUCUCUUAAUGAUUUAUUUUCCCAACACUACAAAACAUCAUUGAAAAUGUACCACUUCAUCUGUUUCAGUCUUUAAAAACUUUAGCAAUAUUUAAAUCUAAGAAUGUUGUGGGCUCCUUCUAGAAACACAGAAGUGUCGAUUUUUCUAAUGAGCUGCGGCUGUGGAGGUGCUGGGCUGUUGGUCGGUUCUGGGCCAUUUGGAGAUAACGGGUGUGAGGACUUUACCUGUGCCUUUAACUUGUCCUGUGGAAGGGAAGUUCAAGGGCAGAAGGCCAGGGUGUUGGGAUUCUCCUUCCACGUCCGUAAGUGGUAUUUCUACCGGGUAACCCUCCACUGUGUGGUCCAGCCAUGGCGGCUUGCCGUUGGGGACAGUUGCCUCGUGGCCGUGCUCUUAUUGAGGAUGCACUGGCAAGCACAUGUCUUCAGGUGGCUGUAGAUCCUUGGGGGUGAAUCACACUAUAUUCUGUCCCACUGUGCAUCCGGCAUCAGCAGUUACUGUGAUGAACAAGAAGGGCCUCUUCCCCACCUGAGGGAGCCAGAGGACAGGAAGGAAGCCUAGCGCUCCCGGGGCCUGCAUGUUGCUACAUCUGUCCGUAGGACACUGGAAUAAGGCCACGCCGACAGGCAGGCCACGCUGCGCUGCUGGGCCACGCGGUGGUUGACCUAAGGAAGAUGGACUCGCUUUGCCUAGGUGUUUCAGCAAUACUCAAUACAGGCAGUAUUAAGUUUGCCUUUGUUCAGGCCAUGAUGUGUGUGUAUUGCUAAUACUGCACACCCCCAUGAUAUCAAGUACACACUGUUCAUGUUGGGGUGUGUGCACGUGUGUCCCCAAAUCUUGUUUUAAUUUUUUCUGAAUGUGAUCAUAUUUUGGAUGAUACCUGAGCAGGGUUCCCUUUUUUAUUUAUUACCAUUAUAUAUUAUAUUAUAUAUUAUAUAUUUACUUUCUUAUAAUGUUAGAGGAAAGUCAAAUCUUGGUAUUAUUAAAAUUGCUUUAAAAAUGAAUAGGUUGUCCAGGUGAUCAUGAAAAUCACUGGUAUGUCUUUAAAAUAAUGAGUUUUUCUUUGAUUACCAUGAAACAAUGUGCCAGCUCUCACUAAUCCGAUGGUUUGUAUGUGAGCUCGGGAAAAAUCGCUGCUCCCGGGAAGGUAUACAAGAAUAAGGGAAACACCACAUUUUUAUCAGCUUCAGAAACGGAACUGUAAACUUGGGGCUUUUGUGAAUAAAAUUUAGCUGCCUUGUAGAAUCCUUUGAAAGAGGCAGACAUGAUCUGUGAGAGAAUUUUUUUUUCUAAGGAGAAAAUCUGCAAAAGGUCCUUCCAAAGAAAACGUGCCACAGAUCUUUUGUUUUUCUCUGUAAUGAGGAUUAAGUGCUGUUUUACAAAAUGUAAUUAUUGACUUGUUCAUCUUCACAGUCUUUCCUUUCCACAAGAUCAAACUGUAGGAAAAAAAAAAUAUUUAAUAAAAAUUUAGAGAAAUCACUGGA